AUGAGCAUCACUUUUCAUAACUUAUGGCUACUUUUGACAGUGUUAUGCACUGCAGGUAUUCGUGCUGACGAUAUCUUGAAUAAUUGCUCUGCUGGUAGGAAACCCCCACCGGCAGUAUACGUAACUGCCUUGUGUCGUGUGGCGGAACAACUUCGAGGGUUAGGAGGGACUAUUAGUUCCUCUCUUCUUACUGUAACUUCCGCGUCAAGUAAAGCAUUCAAAGCAAAGGUACAAGCAGAGAAGGCUGUGAAACUUGCCGAGUCGAGAGGCCUAAACGUUACGAAAGCGAAGGAAGCUGCUGUGAGAGCAACACUCGCUGCUGAAGCUGCGGCCACGGCUGUGAGCUAUUGUAUUACCCAUUCUACGAAAGUUGGGUCAAUUGCAGAGAUGCUAUGGGAGGUAGAUGAGGAGCUGCAUGUUUUUUCGUUAUGUGGUAACAAAGACAGGGAUGUACAAGAUACGGCAUUAAAGUGUACUGAUACAGCGGAAGGUGUAACAGCCCAAUCGCUCAGUGAGGCGCUAGAAGGGUUAGCUAAAUUAGUUUUUGACGACAACGUUGCUAGAAAGUUGCGGCAGGAAGAUACUGUGUUCCAGAGAGAAUUUAUGUGGUUACAGCAGCACAUGGAGGAGGCUGUCCGUGCACAAAAACAAGCUGAGGAUGCAGCUGCAGAUGCAAAUGAAACAGCCGGCCCAAAUACGGGACCAGUUGUGAAUUCUGUUGCAUCACCUGAAGGGUCAGUGCUGCUACUGAUGGCUGGACUGUUUCUCGGUUCUGUACUGUAA